GCACGCGCCCCGCCGAGCGCCCGCCCGCCGGGGGCCUGAGCGCUGGGGCGCGUGCGCGAGCGGUGCAGCACCGGCCGCGGGAGCAGGGAGUAUUAUGGGCUGUGGGUGCCUCUGAGCAAGAUGGAGCUGUCUGCAGUGGGCGAGCGGGUCUUCGCGGCCGAAUCCAUCAUCAAACGCCGGAUCCGCAAGGGACGCAUCGAGUACCUGGUGAAAUGGAAGGGGUGGGCGAUCAAGUACAGCACUUGGGAGCCGGAGGAGAACAUUCUGGAUUCGAGGCUCAUCGCAGCCUUCGAGCAGAAGGAAAGGGAACGUGAGCUGUAUGGGCCCAAGAAGAGAGGACCCAAACCCAAAACUUUCCUCCUAAAGGCCCGGGCCCAGGCGGAGGCCCUCCGCAUCAGUGAUGUGCAUUUCUCUGUCAAGCCGAGCGCCAGCGCCUCCUCGCCCAAGCUGCACUCCAGUGCCGCGGUGCACCGGCUCAAGAAAGACAUCCGCCGCUGCCACCGCAUGUCCCGCCGCCCCCUGCCACGACCAGACCCACAAGGGGGCAGCCCUGGCCUGCGCCCACCCAUCUCGCCCUUUUCUGAGACGGUGCGCAUCAUCAACCGCAAGGUGAAGCCCCGGGAGCCCAAGCGGAACCGCAUCAUCCUGAACCUGAAGGUGAUUGACAAGGGUCCGGGAGGAGGCAGCCCUGCGCAGGGUGCAGGGGCGCUUGCCCGCCCCAAAGUCCCAUCGCGGAACCGGGUCAUUGGGAAGAGCAAGAAGUUCAGCGAAAGCAUGCUGCGCACCCAGAUCCGCCACAUGAAGUUUGGCACCUUUGCGCUGUACAAGCCCCCGCCCGCCCCUCUGGCGCCCUCUACCGCGGGCAAAGCCGACGUGGCCUCCUCCGGGCCUGGGCUGCUCCUGGCCACCCCAGCAGCUGCCCCCUAUGACGCACACAGCUCCAGCUCUUCCGGCUGCCCCUCACCCACACUGCAGUCCUCUGACCCAGACGAUGCACCACCCAAGCUACUACCCGAGACCAUGAGCCGAUCUGCUUCCAACUGGCGAGAGCCAGAGGUGCUCGAUCUGUCCAUCCCUCCCGAGGCGGCUGCCACAGGCCAACGGGCGCCUCCUGAUGCCACUGCUGCUGCGGGCCAGGCGCUCCACACAGCCCUGGAGCCCACAGGUGCCUGCUCCUCUGAGCCCGAGGCUGGGGACUGGCGCCCCGAGAUGUCGCCGUGCUCCAAUGUCGUCGUCACAGAUGUCACCAGCAACCUCCUGACCGUGACCAUCAAGGAAUUCUGCAGCCCUGAGGAUUUCGAGAAGGUGGCUGCUGGGGUGGCAGGUGCUGCAGCGGGGGGUGGUGGCACCGGGCCAAGCAAGUGAGGGGCUUCCCCAAGGAGGGAGGCUUUGGGGGGGGCCUCCUUCCUGGAGUCAUCUUUGUGCUCCCACCCCGUCCCUGCCCUCAGACCCGUUUGCCUGUGCUCUGCUUGCCUCAAAUGGCUUGGUGUUGACCCAGGGAUGGGGCUGGGUAGUCCUGGACAUGGUUAGGGUUCUGGUAGGGCACAGGAAGGAAGAAUUGCUCCCUGGUGUCCCUGGCACUGUCCCUGACUGUGCAGGUGGGGCCCAGUAGGUGGCUUCUGGGGAAGCCCAAGAACUUGGGGUUCAGGUCCUACCCACACCCCACCCUGCCUCUCCUAGCUUGCUUCUUGCUGUGUGUGCAGUGUCCGGCCUUGGUGCUAUCUUAGCGGCUGCAGGGCCCCUAGGAGAUCCCACCUAGGGUGGGCACAAUCUCUUAGUGCCACCUGGGACUGAGUGAAGGAUGAGGCCGAAAUGGGCCCCUCCCUCGCGACACUAUUGAGGGUGGCAGCAGCUGGGCCAGAGGCCCCCUUCCCUGCUUGCCUGUAUCUGGACCAGGCCCACGCAGAUCUUGUGUCCCACACACUGUCUCUAUCCAAAACCCCCUUUGAAGGUGGAGGGGCUGCAGACAUGGCACCCUGCCCGCAGCCUCUGGGCAUCUGGAAGCCUCCUCCGUUUUCUACCAAAGGUGCUGUAGGAACCUGCUGUGGAAACUUCUGGCUGUGCAUGUGUGUUUGCCCUUGGCUUGUUCUUGCGUGGAUCCAUGUGUGUGCUGGGUGCAGGGUUUCGGGCUUUCCUGCAACACCCCUUACAGGUUCCUCAGAACAGGGUCGCUGAAGGCGUGGCCUCCCUUGCCUUAGCCAGGCCUGGCACAGUUGGGUCUGUGUGGUUUGUUGUGGAAGCCACAGGCCUCUCCUCCAAUCCCAGGUUCCUGGGGGACAUGGAGCCCUCAGGCCCUUCACAUAGUGGCCAGCAUGGUGGGACUGUUGGGGGUGGGUCCAGCUCCAGCCUCCCUCCUUGCAGAUGUAGGUGGAGGAAAGAAGGCCUGGAGACCUCCCAGGAGUCCUUGAUUUCUCCCACCCCCCUGGCUUGCUUUGAACUGCUGAGCUUCCUGGCCUUCUAGCCUGUUGGAAGACUCUGGGUGCCUUGGGCAGCUUCUGUUGCCCUCUGCUGCUAGGGAACCGAGGCAUCCACGCCAACAGCAGAGACCAAAGCCCCAGUUUCAGGCCAGGCACCAGAAGAGUGGGUGGGCCAGUGGGGAGAGGGAGGAUGCCUGUCCCCAGGCAACAUUAGGGACUCCACUGGCCUACCCUUGGCCUGGGAUUCACUUGGGUGUUGUUGAGUGGUAUGUUCCUGUGUGUAGCCUGAGCUGGCUCCUGGUGUACAUGGCCCUGGUACCUUGCUCAGAGCAUGGCAAAAGGCGGAACCAGCUGACCCGAGGACAAGUAUUCUGGUCUUAGGAGAAGACGUUCUUCCUUCUCACCCCUCUGCCAGGGUCUGCAGCACAGCCCCAGCCCUCCUUCCCCCAGGGUAUGAAACAGGGGUCCUCACAGGGUUUGGGGGCCACAGUCCAGGUCCCGCCUUGUCCUGUGUUAACCCCAAUACCGUCCAAGUGCCAAUUGGCUUUUCCCCCAAAUAAGGGCUGGUAUUUCACCUCUGUCCCCAGAGGCGAUUUCCCCCUCCCCCUCCCCCAGGUGGGCCACCACCACCUGGGUGCCAGUUACAGGUGUUUGCAGAGACCAUAGAAAUGUGUUUUCCUGAGAGUCUGUGUCAUUUGUGACCUUUUUUUGUAAAGAAGUUGUGUUUUCAGAGGUGAUUUUAUGACAGGAACGUGAAAGAGUUAGUUUUGCAAAAAAUGAAAAAAAAAAGAAAAAAAAUUUAAAAAGUAAAAAAAAAAACAAAGAAAAGAAAAAAAUAGAAAAAAAAAUAUUGUGGGAUUCCUAAGAGUGUGGGGUGGAGGGAGAAAGCUAUUUAAAGAAGACAUAGGAACGCACCGAUUGCAGAGGUGAGGUGGCAAUGUCAGGGUAAGGUGGAGGCCUGAGCUAGCUGGUGGGCCCCAGGGUGGAAGGCACCAUUCAAGGCCAUGGCUGCCCUCCUUCCUCGGCAGCAGGCGUGGCGAGUCUUCUGUGGUGACCUAGGAACCGACUUCCACUCCAGUCCUUGCUUGAAAGGAAGGGUGACAGCCAGUCCCCAGGGAACUAGCAGGAAGCUCAGGGGACAGGCAGGUGUUGGUCGUGGGACGCCUUGGGGACUGGAUUCACUGUGCUUUUCCCCUCAAGGAAGAAGUCUCAACCACGCGCUUUUACUUUUCACCAGUUUGCUGGGUCAUCUGGUUCCCAGUCACUCCACCGUCACCCUAAAGACCCAGACGACACCUUUGAGUUCCCCUGGUUUGGAAAGGGAUGCAGGCUUCAGAAAGCUGCUGCUGGGGUAACCCCCUCUGGGGGUGCAGGGAAGGCAUGGGAUUGCCGGUGAGCAGAAACUUUCUUCCCUCUCCUGGAUAGCCUGGAGUGAGAGGCCUGGACCUCUGUGCAGACCCCACACAGCCGUGCACCGCCGGCCUACUGCAGGCCCUCCCCCACCCUUGCUGCUUUUUGUUUGCCUAAUUGCCAAGCGGAAGUUGCAGUCCGGUGUGCUUUAUUUUUGUAUGUGAAAUGACCCCCCCUCUGACGGUCACGCCCUGUAAAUGCACCCUUCCCACCCACUUGCCAGGAAAACGGGAGUGAGUAGGUGAGUCCCCAGGGUCUUGUUGGGUUUUGAGAUGGAAGGUUGGGACCCAUUCCUGUUGAGUGAGUCCCUCUGUGAAAGGGCUGUGCAGAGCAGCAAGACCUCCACACAGAGCACUCUGGGGCCUCCAGCUGCCCACAGCCCCCGAGGGAGCAAAGUGAGCCUCCUUCCUCUGGUCAGGCCGCCCUUGCCUCAGUGGGAGGGGGUGGAACGGGGUGGGGGGGCAUGGUCUCUUUGAAAGGGGGCUAAGCUACUUCACUGGAGUGCUGGAGGGCUUUGAGCCCAGGCUGCCCUGGCCUUUGAAGGGAAAGGUGGGGACUCUGGGGAUGGCUAUUGCCCAGGCUAGAGACUCGGCCCUAGCAGAAACGAGGUCAGCCGAGAAUCUGGGCUUAGGCCAGCCUUUCUGGCCUCUGGGGAGCUGAGAGGCCGCACCCCUUCCCCUUGCUUUUCUGGUUUGGUUGGUUGGCUUUCCCCCCCUUUGUUUUGUUUUGCACUUCAAUGGAUGAUGGAACCCAGUCUGGUCAGCUCUGCCCUCGGGUUCCAGUGCACUAGGCCAAGGUGGCCUCUCUGGGGCUUCUGUGGUUCAAGGAAUCACUUUGUAAAAGAUAAGAGAAAUUUUAAGGGUUUUAGUUUUGUUCUGUCUGCUUCUCUUCUUGGUUCAGAAAGCCCAGAGAGUGGGGUCCUGCACCCCUUCUGCACCCAGCCACCACCGAGAAGCAAGAAGAGCAGCUGCUUAGGUGGGAGCCAAGGACCCCACUUCCCAGCCUGUAGGUCCCUCCGUCCUUAAAGGACUCAGGACUCCAUUCCCACUGUAUGCAGAGCAUCAGCUAGGUGAUGGAGCCAGAAGGUCUGAAGAGGCCAGGUGGAAGGGGUCCAGUGCUGGGCACCCCUGUGCCGAGGAGCGAAGCGGGCAUCUUUUUGUUGGUUUUAACUUAAAAACACAAAGGCCUAAAGAAAUAUGUAUCUUAUAAUUUUGUUUUAAUUUUUGAGAAGCUCAUUUGAUGAACCGCACGAAUGGAUUCUCUAUAUAUAAUAUACGUACAUAGCUCUAUAUCUGGGGACGGGCACUGUCUCUCUUCUCUCGCGUUUUAAGGAUGACGUGUCUUUCUUUGUCUGUGGUUCAACCAUCCAGCUCCCAGCUGGCUAAACUUUGCCUCCAGUGGUUAAUGGCGGGAACAUGGUAAAGCUGGCCGAUGACGGAUGAAGAAGGGGUGGGGCCCCCAGUCUGCCCUACCCCUUGGGAAGGACUUCCAUUGGGGAAGGUAGCUUAUUUUGGAUGUGGGUUCGGUAGAUUCUGGGCCAGGGGAGGGCGGGCUCGUGCUGAUCACUCUGUCUCGUUCGUUUCGUUCUGCUGCUCUUCAAUAUUGUAUCGAUGCCAGGAAGAGGGGGUGAGACCUCUCUCACCCCCAAAUAAAUUGUCACAUUCCGAAGCUAA